UCUGUGUUUAUAUGGACGAGCGCGCGCUGCGUGUAGUAACUUCAGCACCUGGACAGCGACCUCCGCGAGACAGGCGUCACAUACUGAAGCGCGCGGCGCCACGCGCUUCGACAUGGCUUGAAAUACCGCAUUAAAGUGCUCCACAGUAGUCUUUUGUUGUUGAAAAGCCGGACUGUUGCGCUGAAAUAUCUCCACACUGAGUAUCAGAAACGAAAAGCGUCGGUUAGUGCGGGUCUCACUCAUCUAGAGGCUUCGCUCUGUGGAGCUGCUCUUCCGGACAGCGCGCGCGAGAAGGAAAAGUAACUGCGUCUACGCUGAUCUCACUGUACUCGAAGAUGCAGACAACCACCGGGACCGGACUGAAGCUCUUGCUGUGGAUUUUAAGCCACCUCAGCAUCUCUGAAGCAGCUUCUCCAUCAUCCCAAAAAUGUGAUGAAGCUCUGGUCACACCACUCCCCCAUAAUGCCUUCACCAGCUCCUCAGUGUUCACCAGUGGCUAUGCACCUGGAUACGCCAAGCUAAACAAAAGAGGAGGUGCAGGGGGCUGGUCUCCGCUGGACAGUGAUCAUUACCAGUGGCUGCAGGUCGACCUAGGGAGUAGAAAACAGGUCACAGCCAUCGCCACGCAGGGUCGAUAUAGCAGCUCUGAUUGGACAACACGCUACCGGCUGCUCUACAGUGACACAGGCAGAAACUGGAAACCAUACCAUCAAGAUGGCAACAUCUGGGCGUUUGCAGGUAACUCCAAUACAGAGAGUGUGGUUCGGCAUGACCUGCAAAACCCGAUUGUGGCCCGUUAUUUGCGCAUCAUUCCUUUAGACUGGAGUGAAGAGGGACGAAUCGGCCUCAGGUUCGAGAUCUACGGGUGCCCGUACUGGGCAGAUGUGAUUAAUUUUGAUGGGCAGGGGGUGAUCUCUUACCGCUUUAAAAUGAAGAAGAUGAAGAUUUUGAAGGACGUGAUAGCCCUGAAGUUUAAAACAUCAGAGAGCGAAGGGGUGAUUCUGCACGGAGAAGGUCAACAGGGGGACUACAUCACCUUGGAGUUAAGGAGAGGCCGGCUCCUGCUGCAGAUAAACCUCGGAAGUAAUCAGUACGGCUCCAUCCUGGGCCAUACAUCUGUGACCAGCGGCAGUCUGCUGGACGAUCAUCAUUGGCAUUCUGUAGUAAUUGAGCGCUACAGGAGAAAUGUCAAUUUCACCCUUGAUCAGCAUACUCAGCACUUCCGCACCAACGGGGAGUUUGACCACCUUGACCUGGACUAUGAGCUGACUUUUGGAGGGAUGCCUUAUUCUGGGAAGCCAGUCUCAGGAGGUAGAAGAAACUUCAAAGGCUGCAUGGAGAGCAUCAACUACAAUGGAGAGAACAUCACUGACCUGGCUAGAAGAAAGAAACUGGACACUUCCAGCUUUCGCAACCUGACGUUCUCCUGCGUGGACACGCACACGUUCCCCGUCUUCUUCAAUGGCACAAGCUUUCUGCAGCUGCCGGGGAGGAGGGACCACAAUAUGGUGUCUGUGGGAUUCCAGUUCCGUUCCUGGAACCCCAGCGGCCUGCUCCUGUUCAGCUCCUUGGCAGAUGGAAUGCUGGAAUUGGCUCUAAACGAUGGAAAAGUCACAGCGCACAUUAACGUCACCCAGCAGAAAAACAUGCGCGUGGACAUUGCAUCAGGUUCUGGUCUGAAUGAUGGAGAAUGGCAUGAUGUUCGCUUCCUGGCCAAAGAGAACUUUGCCAUGCUGACCAUUGAUGGGGAUGAAGCAUCAGCUGUGAGAACCAACUCGCCUGUCCAGAUCACAACUGGAAGCACGUACCACUUUGGAGGUUAUUUUUUAAGAACCAGAGCAUCUCCCAUCCAUCGCUCGUUCCAAGGUUGCAUGCAGCUCAUUCAGGUGGACGAUCAGCUGGCUGACCUAACCGCAGUGGAGCAGGGAAGAAUGGGAGCCUUCGAGAACGUCAGCCUCGACAUGUGUGCCAUCAUUGACAGAUGUAUGCCAAACCACUGUGAACAUGGAGGCCGAUGCAGUCAGACCUGGGACGGCUUCACAUGCACCUGCGAUGGGACGGGGUACACCGGAGCCACCUGUCACACAUCUGUAUAUGAGCAGUCCUGUGAGGCCUACAAGCAUUUGGGAAGAUCAUCUGAUGCCUACUGGAUUGACCCAGAUGGAAGCGGACCGUUAGGGCCUUUUAAAGUCAUCUGCAACAUGACAGAGGACAAGGUGUGGACGACUGUGGUGAAUAACCUACCAGCACAGACGGCAGUGACUGGCUCCAGCCGGGAGAGAAGGACGGUAUUGCAGCUGAACUACAGUGCCUCUAUGGAGCAAGUCACAGCUAUAACCAACAGCGCUGAGCACUGUGAGCAGCACGUAGCCUAUGCCUGCCGAAUGUCACGCCUACUCAACACACCAGAUGGAACACCUUACACAUGGUGGGUCGGCCGCGGUAACGAGAAGCACUUUUACUGGGGCGGCUCUGCGCCUGGCAUUCAGAAAUGUGCAUGUGGCAUUGAGCGCAACUGCACCGACUCCAAAUACUACUGCAACUGUGAUGCCGACCAGAAGCAGUGGAGGGAUGAUUCCGGGCUUCUGGUGUAUAAAGACCACUUACCGGUCAGCCAAGUGGCUGUCGGGGACACAAAUCGACCUGGCUCGGAGGCCAAGCUGACUGUGGGACCUCUCCGUUGCCAUGGAGACCGAAGCUACUGGAACGCGGCGUCCUUCAACACGCCAUCUUCGUACCUGCAUUUCUCCACUUUUCAAGGAGAAACAAGUGCUGACAUCUCCUUUUACUUCAAGACUUCUGCUCCCUAUGGUGUCUUUCUGGAAAACCUUGGAAACACGGAUUUCAUCCGUCUGGAGUUGAAAUCCCCAAUGGUGGUGUCGUUUUCGUUCGAUGUAGGAAACGGGCCGGUGGAAUUGAACGUGUACUCUCCUUCCCCACUGAAUGACGAUCAGUGGCAUCGGGUCAGCGCAGAGAGGAACACUAAAGAGGCCAUACUACAACUAGACCAGAAAUACAAGGAGGUCAGACCAGCACCUACACAGGGACACACGCGCCUGGAGCUCUACAGCCAGCUUUAUGUGGGUGCAGCAGGAGGUCAGAGAGGAUUUCUUGGAUGCAUCCGCUCUUUGAAGAUGAACGGGGUGACCCUUGACUUGGAAGAGAGGGCAGAAGUCACUCCUGGUGUGAAGCCUGGUUGUUCAGGUCACUGCACCAGUUUUGGGAUGUAUUGCCGUAAUGGUGGCAAGUGUGUGGAGAAAUACAAUGGCUACUCCUGUGACUGCACCACCACAGCUUAUGAUGGGCCUUUCUGUUCGAAAGACGUUGGCGGUUUCUUUGAGGCGGGAACACUGGUCAAGUAUAAUCUGGUACCUGAAGUGGUGGCUGCAGCCUCCAGCCUGGAUGAGAAGAGCGUAAUCCACAACCUGCCCGUCGAGACCAACCUGACACGUGAAGACCUGACCUUCAGCUUUAGCACCUCUACUUCUCCCAGCCUUCUGGUCUAUGUCAGCUCAAAGACCCAGGAUUACAUGGCCGUGGUGCUCCAUCACAAUGGUACCCUGCAGCUGCGGUACAACUUGGGUGGUCUCAGAGAACCCUUCACCAUUGAUAUUGACCAGAGGAACUUGGCCAAUGGGCAGCCCCACACCGUCAACAUCUCCCGGGUGGAGAGAAACAUAGAAGUACAGCUGGAUCAUUAUCCUCCCGUCACCUACACCCUUCCUGAAGCCUCAGACACUCAGUUCACCCUGGUCAAGUCACUCUUCCUGGGUAAAGUCUUUGAAACUGGUUACAUCGAUCCGGUGCUUAUUGAAAAAUACAACACACCCGGGUUUGUGGGUUGCCUGUCCAGAGUGCAGUUCAACAGCAUUGCUCCUCUAAAAGCCGCACUCAGGUCCCGUGGUUCUGCGCCUGUCUCACACCAGGGUAAACUGGUGGAAUCCAACUGCGGAGCAUCACCCCUCACUAUCCCACCCAUGUCUGCUGCAACCGACCCAUGGCACCUAGAUGCAGGUGCUGAUUUCCCCUUCAAUGAGGAAAGAGUGAUACCAGAUGGAGUUAAUAGGAAUUCAGCUAUAAUAGGAGGUAUCAUUGCAGUGGUGAUCUUCACUAUUCUGUGCACUCUGGUGUUUCUGAUCCGGUACAUGUUCCGCCAUAAAGGCACCUACCACACCAAUGAGGCCAAGGGGGGAGAGUCGUCCGAGUCAGCUGACGCGGCCAUCAUCAGCACCGAGCCCAAUUUCACAGAGACCAUCGAUGAAAGCAAGAAGGAAUGGUUCAUCUAAUGGGGGUGUACAGACUCUUUCAGAAUCUUUUUUUCAGUAUCAGAACUAAUGUUUUGGAUCAAACUCAUCACCAGUUUGAGAAACUGUCCUGUACAUAGUGACUGGCUUGUCUCUUUCUAUUGUGUUUUGGCAAAAGUCUUUUAAGUGUGUAAUCUCUGGAUCACAUCUUAAUAAAUCAUUUCACCAUGUGUUCUUUUUUUUACAGAAGCAAUUAUUUGCCAAAUUCCUUUCUUUUAUGAAGAGAUUAAUCAUUGUGUUCUUUUGCUUAAUCUUACAAAAAGUCCUUGUGUGGAAAAUGUUUUAGAAAGACUGUAAAUGUUAAAUGAUCUAUAUGAAUAUUUUAUUUAAUUCACUGCACAAACGACAGAGAUUUAAUUUUAAGAUGACAUUAGAUUGUAUAUCAUCAGUAUUUCAGUGAGGGGAAGAAAAUCAAGGCAUGCACCAAGAAUUAUGUCAAAUCGACACUGUCUAUUUGUAGCCUUCUGCACAGCUAUUCUCAUUUAUUUCCUGUGGAAGCCUUCAGUUUAUUGUUCCUUGCCAAACACCUCUCAGUCUUAAGCAUUUGUUUUUCUGAAGGCAUGUAUCAUGGCAUAAAGAUGUUAUUUUGAGAGAUCAUAUUGUCUGUGAUUCAUUUUUGCAGGCUGUGGCACAGUGACAUCUAUCUGGCAGAUUAACACCCAAACUUGUACCAUCAGCGUUUGUCACUGUAGAUGAAGAAGGUGGGACCACUGACACCCAAUGUAAUGACUUAAUUCAAGGUGCCUUUAGGAUUCAGCCAGCUGUCAAUGUAGAAGUUACUUUAUCUGGUUAAAUCGGUAAUGGAGAAUCCUAACACAUCAAACAGCUGUUUGUAUUUACUGAUAUAUUUGUCUGAGCGGAAAGUAGACCCAAUGUUCAUGAGUUUAGGCCCUGUUUACACUAGUGCGUUUUCAAACUAAAAUGGGCUCUGCAGAGUUUUCGAAAGCCUCCAUUUUCGAGGGUCAAAUACGUCGGAGUAGUGUAAACAACAGGUGUAACCGUAGCAAAAGUUAUGCGUUUUUUAAAACGAAAACUCGCUAGUGUAAACGGGGCCUUAGAAGUGUUCGGAAUGCUAAUGUUAUAUAAAUGUUCAGAAUGGAACGUUUUAUUUUGCAUAUAUGCUACAUUUAAGAAAUUAUUGCACUGUGCAUUUUGUCAAGUUACAGCUGACAUGUUGUCAAAAGCAUUUUCAUAGUUUGUUUUGUAAAGUCUUAUUUACUUUUUAAAUAAAAUGUCAAAUAAAAAGUUAAUUUGGCUACAGAUUCUCUCAGAAACUGGUUCACAGAUUGAUUUUAGAAAACUGAUGUUGCUCUCCCUCAGAUUUGUAUGUAUUUAUAUGUAUUUAUUUGUGAUAAAUAUCUAUGUUUAGCAUUAUGACGCAUUUGCCAUUGGAGUAAUUCCGAGCACUUCAGUCUCUGAUCUGAAUAGUUUACUAUAAUUCGUUCAAUCUAAAUUUGAUCGUUGUCUCAUCAGCUCUCAUAUUUAUGUGAUUUUGCAAACAGUGAAUAUGCUUCUUAUAAUUCAGAUUAUAAUAUUACAGUGCUAUUAUUUUUGGAAAGUUUUGUGUGUAAUGAUAUAUGUUUGGAAGGGUCUCUGUGUUCGCAGUCACAUCUCAGACUAUAACCACAUGUUAAUUUUGUUAAAUACUGAUAUUCAAAUUGACCUUUUAGAGAGGAGAAUGAGGGAUCGCAGAUUCAUGAGAAUGUAAGAGUCUUGAUGUUUCACACGUUUAUAAUCUAAUAUCAAAUUCUUCACCCCUCAUUUACAUUGAAAAUUUAAACAUUGUUUUGUAUAAUUGUAAGGUUAGUCAGUUAACAUUCACAAUAAAUGAAAUAUAUGAAUAUAUUUUUAUGAGGAUAUUUUGUAGAUGACCUAGCCUUUCUUUGUGUCUCAUCUGUAUUAGGGAAAGCCUGAAUGUUCAAAAUGUUCUGAA